AUGAAGUAUUUCUUAACUGAUACAGGGCGUAGCUUCCCUGGCCCUGUCGUAGAGGCUCCGUUUCACAAGUUGAUGUUAAAAGGUGGCAAUCCCACUCUACUUGUCUUAGGUCCAAAUCUUUAUAAGGAACAAGCUUUUUAUUCCUGUGAUAUCGAAGAAACAGGUAAAGAAUUAUUGAACAUCAAGUACGAAAUUGGAAAUCUAGAGCUGAACGGCUUUCUCCGUUAUAUACAUUACCGGGCAAAUGUUCAAUAUGAGGGCUAUUGUUAUAAAGGAUCCUAUAAGAUACAUGAGCACCCAAUGAAACCAAAUAAAAUUUUAUACUUACCGCCCUCUCAAUAUUCCAGCAUUCCACUUCAAGCCAUUUUUUAUGGGUUUUCUCCAGAGGAUGCAAUAAUAUAUAGGGAUUUGUUGAUUGUUUACAGAAUUCGAGCAAUCCGACGUGGCUAUAAACCAACGAUGGAUAAAGUCUUAAGUGUCUUUUUUGACCCACCAUAUGAAAUAUAUGUCAUCCCUUCUCCGCAUGGGAACGAUUCCAAGCAAGAAUAUAUGGAAGUGGAUCAUUGUGAAGACGUCACAAAGGAGGAACGUCAAACUUACCAAGCUUAUUUUAUGUUGAAAAUGAGAUACAUGUUGGGUGAUAAAUUGGAAUACUCGACAUUUUCUGAACUACUUGAGAACACAAACCAUGCGUACUGUGAAAGUGUACACUUAGAAGAAGUCUAA